UUACAUUUCCCGUGUAUUUGACCCUUUUACGUUGUUGCACUGCGUGAUUGCCCGUUAUUAUUGAAGUAGGAAAACGAUUAGGUUGCUACAUUUCAUUACCCCCUUUCAGGCAGGAAUGUGGCUCAUCGAAUUGGCUACUCAUGAAAGAGAGGAAACGUGCUGUAGCAAAGAAAGGACUGCUUAUGAGACAAAUAUAUUUGCAUCGAUUUACAAGUGGCUAAAUUCGCAUCAUUGAACUGCAGCGUGCACCUAAAAGCAAUGCUACCCCAAUGGAAUCAGAAAUUAUCACCUUCUUGAAAUUACUUACAUUUUGAAACAAACUGUUGAAUUGCACGUCAAAGCUGGCACUCAAAUGCGUUGUUUAGCCUACACAAUAUUUGAUGAUACUGAAAAACGAUAUGUCUUAUUUAAUUAUGUUUUUAAUACAUGUGUGUUUGUGUGAUAGUGAUGCUUUACCCCUGCUUACCCCAAUGUUGAGUUAGGAAGGGGUGGGGUAAGCGUUUUCUUGGUGUGUUCCAUAGGGUAAGAAUCAGGGUGUCAGUGUGCUCCCCUCCUCCUCCUCCAGACAUUCUCUUGUUCUCACCAUGUUUGUUUUUUUACCAGUGGUUUGUAGUGAUUGUGUGCCCAAGUUGAUUUGUCUGUAUGUGGCAAAACUGUCCAUUGAUGUCUAGAUUUGAAGCUUGACCCCUUCAUGCUGAAUCUCAUGGAAUUUGAUGUACUUGACGGUGUGAUUGCUGGUCUGAUUGAUAUGAUUGUGCUUCUGACAUUUUAAACUUUCCAAACAUAUUAGUAGGUGUGCAUUGGUCUACACCACAUCAAGGCUACAGCUCAGUGGAAUGUUCAAGAACUCGUAUAGUCCCUACCCCCUGCCUAAAUCAUGUAUUCUAGACAGGUACCAACCCCUAGGGCUCUCCUCUGGGAAUCACACCAACAGUAUACCAUCAUUUAGACUGUCUAGUCAUACAUAUUUCUGGAAGUAGUGAUGACAAACCUAGAGGGCUUCUAGUCAUAUGUGUUUUUCUGUGUAUUUGUUUGCGUUAGUUGCAGACAUGCAGUACAAUCAAUGCAUGCCAGUUUUUUUUAAUAGGAACAUAAUAUGUCGCCACUCCAUGCGUUUUAGUACUGACCAUGUAGUAGGAACUGUAGUCAAAGAUUAUUUUAUAACUAACCCAAGAUGGACCACAGCCUAUUUCCAAUAGGCGCAAAUGAUUCAUAGUAGGCAGAACAAGCAAGGAGGUGGGUAGAGCCAAGCACGAGCUAGUGAGAUCCUAUUGGCGCGUUCUAGCAUGUAUUUGCAUGUUUCUGUUAGGGAAAGCCUACUCUGAAGUGCGCAUGCAAUAACUCAUUUUGUCCUGAUCAGAAUUUAAAACUUUGGCAAGGAUAAAGUUUUCAAAGCUUAGUCCAUUCUGUUUGUAACAGAUUGUAGUUUUGGUCACAGAACUGUAUUGAGAUCAAAUGUUUUAUAGAUGAGAAAAUAAGCAGAAUGUCGGCCAAAAUCCAUCUCGCUCCAUCUUCUCCCACUGCCGACCACUGGUCUUCCUCUGGUCACCAUAUUUGGUGCUCUGUUGACAAGGAACCCGCUGGUUCCACUGCCUUCUCCCAGCCUGAAAAUGAGUGAGCCUACCGCUACAGAACCCCCUAGUGAUGUGACCCCCAGUGUUACUACUGGUGUUACCACUGAAGGUGUAGACCAACUUUCUACUAAUGCAAACGAGCCCCCCAAGGAAGAGGUCAAGUUGGCGGCAACAGCAGGGAAGAAGCAGACCAAGAAGAAAGUGGAGGAGGUGGUAGAGGAAGAGGAGGAGGAAUAUGUGGUGGAGAAGGUGCUGGACCGACGGGUGGUAAAGGGACGCGUGGAGUUUCUGCUCAAAUGGAAAGGCUUCUCAGAUGAGGACAAUACAUGGGAACCGCAGGACAAUCUGGAUUGCCCUGACCUGAUUGCGGAGUACAUGCAGAAUCAUCAUAACAAAAAAGAAAGUUUCAAGAAAGAGUCUGGUGGCAAGAGGAAAGCUGGCGAGUCUGACACAGAGGCAGGGGGUGAAGAAGGCAGACCCAAGAAGAGGAAAGAUGAGGCAGAGAAGCCCAGAGGCUUUGCUCGUGGUCUUGACCCCGAACGGAUCAUUGGAGCCACAGACUCCAGUGGAGAGCUGAUGUUCCUCAUGAAAUGGAAGAAUAGUGAUGAGGCUGACCUGGUGCCGGCCAAGGAGGCCAACAUUAAAUGUCCACAGGUGGUCAUCUCCUUCUACGAGGAGCGUCUGACAUGGCACUCCUACCCCACUGAGGAGGAAGAGAAGAAGGAUGAUAAGAACUAGUCACAGGUCCAGGAUGAAGGGGAAGGGGGUACAGAGGGUGGGGUGGAGGGUGUGGGACAGGGAAGCUGAUUUGUCUCAAAACCUUUCUGCAAACCCGGACUGUUAAAACUAAAGCAGAGGUUGACAGAUGGGUAGGGAUGAUAAGACUUGUCAAGGAGGUGGGUUGGGGGGGGGCAUGGGUAAAUAGAACUCCUAAGUCUCAAGAUCACUUUAUCAGGCCUCACUUUUGGGUCUCAUUAGCUAGAAUCAUGGGAUAAGUAGUUUUCAGUCCCUGAGCACUGAAUUGCUUCAAAAUCAUCAGCUCCUCUUACUG